AGUUGGAUCGAAUGGUCGGCAGUCAAAGCAGUUGAGCCUGUUGCGCCGUGGCGAGCGCUUCGUUGGCGGCUCCCGAGUUUAAGGAUCGUCGUCACUCGGGGGUCCUGAAAUCGGGUCGCGAAAUCAUGGCGGUACUUUGGUGGCUACUUUUGUUGGUCUUACCGCCCAACUACCAACUUGCCACGCCCUCUGGCAGUGGACAAUUGCGCCGCCUUUGGCUGCAGGAUCAUUGCAGUGCGGGAAUUUGCACGAAUGUGGUGAUCGGUCGCAGUGAUUAUGUGAUCUUGUCGCAAGCGCCCAUAACGGGCAUCACAAUGCUCACCUUUGUGAACUCGAGCAUUGCCAAGAUACCGCAUCUGCUGUUCGACACCUUUCCGGAUAUUCAAGUGCUGCGCAUGGAGAACUGUUCGCUGGAAACGUUUGAGAAACCGCAAUUCGAGGGUGCCAGCAACUUGAUGAGUUUGUUCCUGGGUCACAAUCACCUUAAGGAUAUACCCAAAAAUAUAUUUCUGGGUGCAGAUAAUCUGGCCAUCUUGCAUCUUCAGGGUAAUCAGUUGAAGCAGCUGGGAAAUCAUAGUUUCCAUGCCCUGAAGGAGGUGAAGGAGCUUUCCCUGUCCGAAAAUCAAUUGGAGCAGCUGUCGCUGGGAGUUUUCAGUGGUAUGCGGAAGUUAAUGGAUCUAAAUUUAGCUGGAAAUCGUUUGGAGGCUCUGCCAAGAGGAGUCUUUGAUCGGAAUUUAAAUCUCACCAAAAUAAAUCUGGCCAGAAAUCGAUUUACCGCCUUCGAAUCGGAACUGUUGAAGCUGCAACCGGUUUUGACUCAGCUGGAUGUUUCUGGAAAUAUCCUACAGGAGCUAACACUCAAUUUCACUUUGCUGGAUGUGGCCAUAGUCCAUAGUUGCGAUUUGAGGAGACUAACCGUUUACGGAGUGAUUCAUGAACUCGAUUUGCAUAAUAACUCGCUGAGGGAAAUGCCGCACAUUCCACUGGCUGCCAAUGUGAGCGUUUUGGAUUUGUCGCACAAUCCAUUGGGAAAUCUUCAGGGAAAUCCCUUGCGCAGAUUCACCUCUCUACUGCGGUUGAAUCUUUCGGCAACCAGUGCCCACGAGUUACCAGAAGGAUUGUUUAAGAAACAGGGUCAUCUGCAAAUGCUUGACAUAUCGGGGAAUUCCAUAUAUUCCCUAAAGAUCACCAUCUUCGACAGUUUGAAGGCCUUGCAGUACUUCUACUUUCAGCAGAACAACUGGAACUGCGAUUUCCUGCAACUUCUAAUGAGUUCGUUUGUGAAACGCAAGGAUAUUUCCUUUAUGGAGGAUAUAACAGCGCCGGAACUGGUUGACGAUUAUGUGGAUGGCAUUGCUUGUUGGUACGAAAGCGAUAAGCAGUCCAAGAAGUGUGAAUCUGGAGGAUCGGAGGCUGCCAUGGAGCUAUCGGUGGUGCGAAAUGAGAUCAAGACCUUCACAGAGUUAGUCGAAAAGAAGUUCGUCAAGGUCUACCGCAUGUUGGAGGAGCUGAAAAUGAAGAUAUAACACAGCUAUAUUAAUCAAAGCAUAUUUAAUCUUAAUAUUUAACCAAUUAUUUUAUCAAAUAUGAAGCAUUGUUACCCAUAUUUUAAUUUAUUUGACACAUGACAGCAACAAAUGGAUAUUUUAAGAUAUAUUACUAGAACCAAUAAAGCACUACUUGGAACUCUA